CUCGGUCACUCGGAGCCUCAGGCUGAGGCCAUCGAAAUUACCGUAUAUUGGCGCACAAAUGGCGAACAAAACAUGUUGUUGAAGCCUGCGGAGUCCGGACCAAGCUGCUGUGCCUCCUCCACUGCCAGUGUGUACCAUGGCAUGCUCUGGCUGGCAGAAGAGUAGCAUUCGGGACUAGCAUAUGGAUCAGCUUGCAAGGUGUAUUUGGCAGCAUGAGAAAGGAAGGUUUAGGUUGAACGGUAGCACUUGCAGCAAGAAGUGCACCAAUUGAGAGAUUUGAUUGAAAUUUGUCUGAUGAGAGGGCACCUGACGAUCGGAAAGCAGGUGCAAGAACACAUCAGUCUGCACGCAGCAAGCACUUUUAACGUUCUCUAUUGCAAUUGAUCAAUGACAUCUGCGCAAAAGAUGGUCUCAACAUUCUCUACAAUCCUCAGUAUCGUUGGUGUAUUUGCAAGUGAGAUGCACUGCUCAGCGCAAGCAUAGAAAAGAGGGCUGCCAACAAGUCAUAAGACUUUGUCAGGAGACAUUGGAUCGCAAAGUUUAGGGUUUCAGGCUGGGCAAUCUAGUUCCUGCCACCAGCCAAAAUGGCUGCUGUGCAUGGUGGGCGAGAAAAGGACAAAGGCGUGAAUGUACAGGUGCUUGUGAGAUGCAGGCCGAGCAAUGAGGAGGAAAGCAAGCAAAGUGCUUUUCAGGCCGUAGUGUGCAAUGAGGCGCGGAAAGAAGUGGCAGUACACCAAAGCAUAGCGGGGAAACAGAUUGAUAGAACAUUCACUUUUGACAAGGUUUUUGGACCGGAGUCCAAACAAUGCGAACUCUAUGAGCAAGCGGUGGUGCCCAUUGUGCAUGAAGUACUCGAGGGCUUCAAUUGCACCAUCUUUGCUUAUGGACAGACUGGAACAGGCAAAACGUAUACCAUGGAAGGCAACGCUAAGAAGGGCAAGGACUCCACCUUGCCAGAAGGAGCAGGGGUUAUUCCCCGAGCCGUACAACAGAUUUUUGACACACUCGAAAGCCAGAGUGCCGAGUACAGUGUGAAAACUACGUUCUUGGAGCUGUACAAUGAGGAGAUUACCGACCUCUUAGCCACCGAUGUGGACAUGAUCAAGGGGUCCUCCGCCGAUGGUGGCUCCCGAAAGCCGCUUGCCCUUAUGGAAGAUGGGCGGGGCGGCGUCAUUGUGCGGGGCCUAGAGGAGGAGAUUGUGAAGAAUGCAGGGGAGAUCUAUAGCCUUCUGGACAGAGGUUCAGCCAAGCGGCGGACAGCAGAAACUCUUCUCAACAAGCAAUCCAGCCGCUCGCACUCCGUCUUUGCUAUCACCAUCCACAUCAAGGAGUCCACACCUGAGGGCGAGGAGCUCAUCAAGUGUGGGAAGCUGAACCUGGUCGACCUUGCUGGGUCAGAGAACAUCUCACGCUCGGGGGCCAGCAGGGCAGAUGGCCGUGCCCAGGAGGCUGGCCUGAUCAACAAGAGCCUGCUGACGCUGGGCCGCGUCAUCACCGCGCUGGUGGAGCACCUGGGGCACAUCCCCUAUCGCGACAGCAAGCUCACCCGCCUGCUGCGCGACUCCCUGGGGGGCCGCACCAAGACGUGCAUCAUCGCCACCGUGUCCCCCAAUGCGCACUGCCUGGAGGAGACGCUGAGCACGUUGGACUAUGCCCAGCGUGCCAAGAACAUCAAGAACAAGCCGGAGGUGAACCAGAAGAUGACCAAGACCGCCCUCAUCAAGGACAUGGCGCACGAGAUCGACCGGCUCAAGCAAGAGCUGGGCGCCGCAAGGGAGAAAAACGGCAUCUACGUUCCCCGGGACCGCUACUUCGAGGACGAGGCCUACAAGAAGGAGCUGGCAGAGCGGGUCGAGGUGCUAGAAACGGAAGCAGAGGCGAAGGAGAAGGUGCUGGAGGAGACAACGGAGACGUGCGAGCAGCAGAAGAAGCAGCUCGAGGACUUGACCUUGCGGCACACCGCCACCCAGGGGCAGCUGGAGCAGACGCAGGCAGCGCUGCUGGACACACAGGCCGCCCUGCAGAAGGCGGAGGGUGCGGUCCAGGAGCGGGACUUCGUGAUUGCCUGCCAGAAACGAGCAGAGGAAGCCCUUGUCAAGAAGGCGGACAGCCUCCGAGCCGAGCUGCACGCAACCUCGCAGGACGUAACUGGCCUCUUCGCAAAGAUCGAGCGCAAGUCCUCCGUCGAGGUGUCCAACAAGCGCACGGGUGCGACGGCCCAUGCGCGCGUCGCGGGCCAGCUGAGCGCACUGGAGUCGGCCAUUCACUCUGCAGUGGCGGCUCAGCAGGCCCAGCUCGCGCAUUUGGCGACGGGCCUGGCCGCGCUCACCGACCGCAAGGAGCGCGACCUGCCAGCCCUCAGUGCGGCGACGGCGGACCUGCGCGACCUGUUUGAGCGGGAGACGGGGCGGGCCCUAGAGCAGGUGCGGCAGCACGUAGACGCGGGCGCGCAGCGCAGGGGGGAGGCGGAGCAGGAGGACGAGGAGGCGGCGGCCGCGGCGCAGGCGGGGCUGGGCAGGGCCGUGCAGGAGGCGGGGGAGACGCUCAAGGCACUGCAGGGGGCCCUGGAUACGCAGCACAAGCAAGUGACGGCCAUGGUGCAGCAGCAGAGGGAGGCCACGAGCGCGGCGCUGGGCUCGUGCCAGGCCAUGAGCGCGAGCAUGCAGUCUGCCCUGGGUACGCUGCAGCAGGCGGCGCGAGACUGCGGCCUGCUGGCGGCGGAGACGCACCGGGGCAACACGCAGGUGCUGGCCACCCUGGUCCAAGACUACAAAGCGCAGGCUGCUGCGGAGGAGGCGGCCCUGGUGGAGCGCGUGUCGGCGCUGGUGGGCGCCACGCUGGGCCGGCAGGCAGCGCUGCUGGCGACGCGCGUGGAGGCGCUCGAGGGCGGGCUGGUCGCCGGAGAGGCGGGCGUGCAGGCCGCGCUGGCCACGAUGGGCGAGCACGGCCACGCCGCCAUCGACGCGGCCCGCACGUGGGAGCAGCACGCAGAGAAAACCGCGCACGCCACCCUGCAGGCGCUCACGCAGGGCGGGCAGGCCAUGGAAGAGACCGCGCAAGAGAGUGCGUCUCUUCGCGUGGCCAGCGCGCAUCAUUGGACGGCCCUGCAAGCCACGAUCGCCCAGCACGAGAAGGAGCAGCAAGACCGGCAGGCGGCAGAGCGCAGAACGGCCGGGGAGGCGGACACGGCUUUGCUGUCAACCGUGGAGGGGUGGACCACAACGGCAGCCAAAGCCGCAGACGACGUGCACCAGCGCAUCACGACCGCUGUCACAGGUGCCCACUCGGAGGAGGUGCGCAGCCUGGGUGCCCUGUCGGCGGUGGUGACCAACUGCGGGACGGCGGCUGCGAGGGACGAGGAGCACCACAGCCGCGACGUUACCGACGUCCAGGCUGCGCUGGACCAGUUUUUCGACCACGACCUGCUGGACGACAUCUCGACCGCCCGGACUCCCAAACGGCGUCACAUCGAAGUACCCCCACAGGCAACCAUCGAGUCUCUUCGUGCUCCUGAUUUCUCGAGCUUGGUGGAGGAUUUCAGGGGGAAGCAGGCCCAAAACUCCAACCCACUCUUGCAAGAUGGAACUGUUAAACCAGAAAGCCGCAUUCCUUGUCCCCCAACUAGCAAGUCGCAAGAGGGGCUCGACAGAUCGGACAGCCGCAUCCCUUUUGCAGCUCUUUGUAAUAACUAGAGUAAUGGUUGUACCUAAAGGAAUUGGGAUGCUUCGAUACACAGCGGUUGCUUCGAGCUUUCUAGUUGGUCCAUUCGUUGGGUGGGUAUUGGGUGUUAGCGAAAAUUUGCUAAAGCUGCAAAACGACUCAUACAGGUACUUAUUAGGACGUUCGUGCCGGCUUACCGCUGAUGCAUUAUGAUCAGGUCGUCUUCAAACCUAACGUGUCUUUAGGAAGAUCACAAAACGUACCGGAGCUUUGUCACUUGC